CUCCCCCACUGUCCUCUUACCGCCUGUAUCCUGGUACCCAGCAGUAUUUCAGGGACGUCCUGAGCUGAAGCAGAGAUUUGGGUCACGGCUGCGGCUGUUGUUGUCAUCACCACCUCAGCUCUUGUGGGGAGGACCCUUGAUCAUUGAGGUCCCUGUGCCCUCAUCCUAGAGCUGUUAACCUGGCUUGGGCUGGCUCGAGAGGAGUAGCUAUCUGUGAGUGGAGGACCAGGUUUGGUGAGCUGCCCUCCGUCCCAAAGCUCCGCUCUGAGCCUGGGUGUCUUGGACUCCACCUCUGCCACCCAUAUGGAAGCCAGAAGGAGCUGGGCUCCCAGAAGUUGGCUGUGUCCACCUGUGAUGACGUUGCUGGUCCUCUCCUCUCUGCUCAGCUGUCUGGUCACCUGCGGUGAGGCCAAGGUCUACAGUCGCUGUGAGCUGGCCAGAGUGCUCCGGGACUUCGGCCUGGAUGGCUACCGGGGAUAUAGCCUGGCUGACUGGGUCUGCCUUGCUUACUUCACAAGUGGCUUCAACACAGGUGCUGUGGACCACGAGGCAGACGGAAGCACCAACAAUGGCAUCUUCCAGAUCAACAGCCGGAAGUGGUGCAAAAAUCUCAUCCCGGAUUCCUCCAACCGGUGCCGGGUGUACUGUUCUGACCUGCUGAACCCUAACCUCAAGGAUACUGUUAUCUGUGCCAUGAAGAUUGUCCAAGAGCCCCAGGGUCUGGGCUACUGGGAGACCUGGAGGCAUCAUUGCCAGGGCAAGGAGCUGAGCGACUGGGUGGAUGGCUGUGACUUCUAGGACCCUCUGGAUGCACAGCAUUCUGGGAAAUGUGUCCCAGACUUGGGAAGACAAACCAAUUAAUAAAAUAUAGUUU